AUGAAAUAUGAAAUAAACGGAAAUCAAAUUCAAAAACUCGUCAAUCCGGGUAUAUCGACCACAUUAAAAGGAUAUUGCUCGUACAAUAAAACAAAUAUUUCUUCACACCAAAACGCUGCCUGGGACAAUGAUUUAAAAAAUGUUAAUAAAGAUUUUAUUGAUAGCGGUAAUUUUAACGGAUGUAUUAAUCUUAAACAUUUGUUUGGUUUUUGUGAAGAUUAUAAGCGAAUUUUAAUAAACUGUAACCAGCAACUCAUAUUAAAUAGAGCGUCGAUCGAUUUAAAUGCAAUCAAACAGUAUAAAAAUAAUGAAGUUGUGGCAGACGCUCCUAAACUAAAAGACGUUAAAAUAAACAUAACAAAAAUAUUGUGGCGGAUGCCUAUAGUGAGAGUUAGCGAUAGAGAAAAAAUUCGAUUGUUGAAAGUAGUCAACAGUCAAAAACCCCUGACAUGUGCAUUUAGAUCGUGGGAACUGUGUGAAUAUCCAUUUUUACCUCAAAACACUUCGCAUUCGUGGAAAGUAAAGACAUCGAACAAAUUAGAAAAACCUAUGAUAUACCUAACUGGAUACACACUGAUCGAGCAGCCACAUGGGUAA